UUUUUUUUCAGUCCGUAGAUUAUUAUUUACGGAUAACAUUAGAGUGAGGAAAGGGUGAGGUGCUUACGGUAAUUUAUAAUCCUUCGUGGCCACUCAUGGAAAGCCACAUCCUCAAGUUGAACCACGAUGCUCUCGAAGACACAUAAUGGAGUUCCACUCAGACAUUUAAUCCCGUGUUUUCAAUCCCAACUCAGAUCCUCACUGCGACUUACGCCUGCCUCGCCGCAACUAUAUCACCAUAUGCGGACUUUCUCCGUACAGUCUAUCCUUCGAUCGAAAGACCCGCAACCACAAACCGAACCUACACGUCGGUUUGUAUACCAUGCUGCGGCUGCCUUUUCUACAAAAUUCAAACGAUUCGACCCAUAUGCUCAUGUCUUCCAUUUCAACCCUUACAACCGAAUCCAGACCCACAAACGCCCCAAAUCGAAGCGUCCAGCUAGCGGCCAAGAUGCUUUCUUCAUAACUCGGGUAGGCGAUACGAAUACGGUUGCAUUCGGUAUUGCCGAUGGUGUUGGUGGUUGGGAGGAUGCCGGAGUCGAUCCAGCCGAUUUUUCGCACGGUUUCUGCGAGUACAUGGCUUCGGCGGCGUACGAGCACAAGCCGGUCUCGAGCGAAGCGUUGCUGACGGCAAAAUCGCUUAUGCAGAGAGGAUAUGACGAUGUAUGCAGAGACAAUUCUAUAAACGCGGGGGGUAGUACGGCUUCUGUUGCUAUCGCAAACGAAGACGGGAAGCUCGAAGUAGCUAACUUAGGCGAUUCGGGUUUCGUACACAUCCGUCUAAAUGCGGUGCAUUACUAUUCAGAACCGCAGACUCACGCAUUCAACACGCCUUUUCAGCUGGCGAUAGUACCAGCUAGCAUGCUCGCACGCGCCGCGGCGUUCGGUGGGGCCCAGUUGUGUGACUACCCUAAAGAUGCAGACGUCACACAACAUACACUCAAACAUGGGGACAUCCUCAUCUUUGCCAGUGACGGUCUAUGGGAUAAUCUGUUCAACCAAGAUAUACUCCGAAUCGUUAGUCGACUAAUGGUUCGCCUCGGUGCUUGGGUGCCAAGUAAGAAGCGUGGCAUACUAGUUGCAGAUGAUAUAAAGCAUACUCAAGACGACCCUUCGAUACGGCCUCCAUUAACACUCCAGAGCGCAUUAGCUGUGGAGAUCGCGGGGGCAGCCAAGUUAGCCAGCGUAAACGAAGAAGUCGACGGGCCAUUUGCGAAAGAAGUCCAAAAAUAUUACCCCCGGGAAAAUUGGCACGGCGGCAAGAUCGACGAUAUCUGUGUUAUUGCAAUCGUGGUAUCUGAAGAUGGGAAAUCAGAAAUGAUCAAAAGCAAGUUAUGAGACUAUUACGACCAAGUUCCGAAGAAACAUAAAGUUUGCGUUGUCAGGCGUUCAAAAAAGGGGGGAUUAAUCAAGCUUCGUCUAGGUCAUAUGGGCAUUCCUAUAUACGAGUAGGCAAGGAGAAGCAAGGCUAGGCGAGACAAAGUAAAGUGAUCUUCUUGCUUCUUGUAUAUUCUUAGUUACGCACGUAUCUAUAAAUCUUCUGUUUUGUCUCUUGUAGGAGGAAGACUACAGCUCAUGCUAGAAAAUUACAUUAUAUUCUACUUAUUUAUGGGUGCUCUCGACCUAACAUCCGAUACCUUCGAUUUUCUACCACUUUCAUCAUUUAUUCUGCUUCCUAAGUUAUAUAAUAGGGAC